CUUCACAGGCAGUGCAGUGUUUACGCGGAACGGUCUUUAUACUAUAUUAUUCUCGUAUAAGAUUUAUAUUUAUAGAAGAAGUAUACGAUUUUCGUAUUUUUCAUAAUUUAUUUUCUUUCGCUUAGUGUAUUUUAAUAAUUUAAUUUUAAAUGUAAAUUCUGAUCAGGCUUCACCAUGACUUGUUCGGACAAGGGAUAUACUAGGAUCAAUAUCCUUUCUACGUGCAGUAGAUCGGUAGAAACUGCUAAACAUAAACGCAUUUUUAUUUCAAAAAGAACUAGCGAACUUGUUGCGCUUAUGGCAAUUUCGUCAACUUUAUUUUUAUUCUUACACACCAGGGAUCUGCACACUCGACUUAGGUCAUUACAAUCUAUUACAAAUUCUGCAUCAACUUCAGGUGAUUCUACUGCAAUGGAAAACGAUAUUGAUAAUUUCAUCCAACAUGACCAGAAAUUGGAAGCAUAUUCUUUGAAUAACACGGGUCAUGCAAAAAAAGAGUUGAUAUUUUUCAAUCGAGUGCCUAAAGUGGGCAGUCAGACAUUCAUGGAAAUAUUGAGGUUGCUGUCUCUGAGGAAUCAGUUUGUAUUUUACCAAGAUCAUGUACAAAGGGUCGAAACCAUCCGUUUGGCUGAAACCGAACAGCUUCGUGUGGCGUCUAUGGUGUCGAAGUACGACACGCCUUCAGUUUUCAUAAAACACAUAUCUUUCGUCAACUUUACCAAAUUUUACUUGCCCGAACCUAUUUACAUUAACCUGGUGAGGGACCCUGUGGAACGAGUAAUCUCAUGGUACUACUACAUUAGAGCGCCGUGGUACUAUGUGGAGAGGAAGCACGCGUUUCCCGACACGCCGUUGCCAGAUCCGAAUUGGUUAAAAAAAGAUUUCGAGACUUGUGUUCUUCGUGGCGACAGAGAGUGUAGGUAUACGCAAGGUGAAAAACGCGAAGGGAUCAGUGACCACAGGCGACAGACGAUGUUUUUUUGCGGACAUGACGAGGAAUGCACUCCGUUCAAUUCCGAAGGAGCUUUGGAAAGGGCAAAACGUUCUGUGGAACAACAGUACGCGGUUGUCGGCGUAUUAGAAGACUUCAACGUCACUCUAACAGUGUUCGAACAUUACAUACCGAGAUUCUUCAGAGGAGCGUCCCAAGUAUAUUACGGAGACAUGGGAUUACACAAGGUCAAUCACAAUGCGUUCAAGCCGCUAGUCAGCGAAGCUGUGAAAGACAUUGUGAGGAAGAAUUUUACCAGAGAAAUAGAAUUCUACCAAUUCUGCAGGCAGCGGCUAUAUAGACAGAGACUAGCGUUAAAUUUAUAACAUAACGAAAUACAUUUUCUCUGAACGUCGAUAAAAAGUUCCUCGUACACUUCAACCUUUAAACUCGCGCGUGUUACGCAAUAAUUAUUGUUUUACGUUAUACAAUAUUAAAAAUAAAAAGUUAUGUUUUAGUUUUACCUUUUAACAGUUAGGUAUGUUGUAUACUUAAUUAUUUCAACAUCAAUUAACAUAAGAUUAUAAUACCAACAAUUAUACAAGACAAAAUAAAUUUAAGAUAAACAUACGUACAUACGUAUUAUAAUAUUACCUAUGUCUAGCAUAGAUUCUAAUUUUAGUAAUGAAAAAAGUAAUAAUGAUAUUAUAUUUAUUGUUUUUUCUUCGUA